AUGAUAUUCGACUGCAGUUUAUCCAAAAUGUUUUGGCUGAACCUGUCAAUAUUUGUCAUGACGAUGGGCGAGUGGUGGAUUUACCGGGAAGUAGUGUCGGCGGCCGAGGUGCAGAUCGCCGGACAAGACGAUCCGUUGUUCGACCACGGCGGCUCGGCGGACGACCGGUCAGAUGAUUUGCAAUACCUCCAACAACGGCUGAACGAAAUAAUGGCCGGCUCGUCCACCGGACCGCGGCCGACCGUCAGUCACGCGCUGGGCUCGACACAGAAAGCUGUGCCUUGGCGGUCCGGGCUGUCCGGCGGCUUUUUCAACCAACACCAUAGGCCAAACGCCGUCGGUAAAAGGCUCGCGGCUCGCCGUCGGGUCACGCACCAUCCGAAAGACAUCGCGGCCGACCGCGACGACAAGCCGAAAAACGUGACCAGCAACGAUUACAUCGACGGCGGUGGUGGUCCGGACGCCGCGAAGUCCACCGUGGCCGCCGCCCUCGCCCCCGCCCCCGCCGCUCGAAUCCUGUUCGGCACCGAAGACGAGUGCGUGUCGGCCAACCAAGGACGGGCUUGCGUGUGUUACAUGACCGACUUUUUGGACCUGGUCGGCCAACGUUUGGACGAGGCGGACGACGACGACUCGACAGCCGCGUUGAGUUGUCGGUCGUUCAAACCCGUCCCGACCGUGUUUGUCGUUUAUCCGGCCACCGCGGCCGACGGCGACGGGACGACUGCAGCAGCUGCGACCAAUGCCGCCUCCGCGCCCCCGAACGUUUCGGCUGACGUGAUGGUCGGGCGAAACGGCGGCAAAAGCGGCGGCGGCCGAAACCGCAGUGGCGUUGGCGACGGCGACCAGAAGGCCGCUCCCACGUGGAAAGAAGUAGAUUUCGACGACGUCGUCAAUUACCGACUGAACAAGUCUUCGGACGAUUAUUAUGCAGUGCAGUAUAGCCUGGUCGGAAGCGAUGCCAAAGUUAAAUGUCUGAUCAAUGGCAAUGGAACAACAAUAAGUGCGUUCAAAUGGGACUUUAAAAAGGGCAAACAUAAAACUAAUUCAACAGUCACCGGUACAGAUACAAGUAUCUUAUUAAUAUUGGGCUUGGAACCUGGAGACAGUAAAAAUUACACUUGCAUACCAACAAUAGAUGUGGUCGGAAAUUCUAAAAAUGGCACUUCCUACAAGCAUUACGUUGUAGCCGUCGAAAAAGCCAUUUAUGAGAUUCGCGGCUCAGCGGUUUACAAAACUAGCGGUGGCGGCGCUUGUACGCACGAUGUGACUGUUCUCGUGCAAAAGCAGUUACCCAGUUCCAUGCGUACCGAACUGUGUCCCGAGGGAUCGUCGCGGUACGCGUGCAAUGUGAUCGUCGAAAAACCAAAGUGUUCCGAAGACGAAAGAACGAUGGAAGUAAAAUAUUUGGUAACGUUGAACGAUAAAGCCAAUUAUUUAGCUCGGAUUAGAACUAGCAAGAAAGGUCGAAUCGCCCUGCGCUACCAAAAAUUACUGGCGAGAAUAUCCAGUAUCUUGGCUUCAAACCUUAACAAAACGUUGACGGUUCCAAUUAUGUCCAAGUUUUCGUUGAUAGACACAAAUUUUGAACCUGACCAUAGCCGAAUGCAUUUGAAAAAUUUUGUUUCCUGUACACCGGGUUUUGGUAUUCUGGAGGUAUUUUGCGCUGCUUGUCCGCCACACCAUUAUAGUCCAGAUAAGUCGAUUCAAUGUUUGAAAUGUGCCAAGGGUUUCCAUCAGCCGAUCGCAGGAUCAGAGAAAUGCGUCAAGUGUCGAAAUAUUUUUUCCAGCGGUUGCUAUAUGAAAGAAGUUUCACCAACAGUAUAUUAUGUUACGGGUUUAAUCUGUUUAUUGGUAUGUUCAAUUCUCGCAAUUUCCUGUGCAUGUUGUUGCCGCGAAGAGAACGAGAAAAACAUAAAGAUAAUACCAAGAAAAUUUAGAAAAAAAUUUAAGAAAACUAAAAAGUACAGUUUGCUGUCUUCUUCUCAAAUGGAAGAUACAGCAGACAGUAGUAGCGUUAUAAACAAAAGCUAUGGUAAAUUUAAAAACUUGUUGAAGUUUAAGAAAAAAUCGAAAUCUAAAAAAUUUGAUUCAAAAAUAACAUUCAAUAACGUACACGAAAAAUUUGGUCAACGAAUUCAGAAUAAUCACAUUACCGAAGAAAAUAGUACGACAAAUUAAUUUCUCAUUUUUGUAAAAAGUUUGUAUAAUUAUUUGAUAUAGGUAUCUUAUCCCUAUU